GGAACUCCUUUCUGAUACUUAUCCUUGCGCUUUGUUUAUGGUUUACCCGUCGCAAGAUUAAGAAUAGGCUGGGAUAUAUCAAACCGGCGACAUGCAUUUCCAGUCAGUGCGGUUGAACGAUGGCAGCCUGCUACCCACGAUAGCCUUUGGUACAGGCUCGUCAAUGAAAUAUGAAGACGACGUCACCAAAUAUGUCCAACAAGCUAUAGACGUCGGUUUUUGUCACAUUGACACAGCAGCCAUAUACAAGACCGAAGAAAAUGUUGGGAUUGCGAUAAGAGAAAGUGGACUCUCACGUUCCGACUUGUAUAUUACCACCAAAUACGGCGGAGAGACGACCAUUCAGGAGUCCUUUCAGAAUAGCUUAUCAAAGCUUGGUAUCAAGCAUGUUGACCUUUACCUCAUUCAUUUCCCUGAAGCUGUGAAGGACUUUGAGGCUGCUUGGCGAGAAUUCGAAGGCUUCAAGAAUAGUAGACUGGCAACGAGCAUUGGCGUGAGCAACUUCAAUCUCGAACAACUACAAACCGUCUAUAAAACUGCAUCCAUAAAGCCUGCUGUUAACCAAAUCGAGUUUCACCCUUACAACUAUACGUCGCAUAAAAGCCUCCUAGAUUUUUGCGCUCAACAUGGUAUCAUCGUUGAAGCUUACAGCAGCCUUACUCCAAUCACCAAAUAUUCUGGUGGUCCUGUUGAUGCUCCCCUGAAAGCAGCCGCUUCUCGCCUUGGGAUUACACCGACUCAAGUAAUCUUCUUAUGGGUGAGGAGCAAAGGUGUAGUCGUAGUAACAACGAGCAGAAGUAAAGAUCGACUUCAAGAGUAUUUGGCGAUAGAAGACCUAGCACCUUUGACUGACGAAGAAAUCGCGGCUAUCGACAAAGCAGGGGCCAAUGGACCUCCUUCAUUCUUCCGGAGAAGGUACAAGACUGUGUUAUCACUUGCCGCUUUCCUACUGUGGGGCUUGGUCAAGCUUUCAAUCGUGUUCUUCAUCUUCAGACGAGUAGCUGGCUGAGGCUCAGCUUCAAGUUUACAUCAUCUUUACAUAUCUCAUAGACCGCUGAUUCUAUUAUAAGAAUAUCCAUGUCAGCUAUCAUCAUUCAAUACACUAUUGAAGGUGAACAGUGUAUUUGCUAUACGUACUUACUGUGACGGUAUUUCUUGUCUUCUGAGGCUCGGGUAACUUAGAGUUUCAGGGUUUAGUAUAGAAUAAAGCUCCACCUCGGUUUCUAUAACAUGUAAAAUUGAAUG